AUGGAGAAAGCCUCCAUCUCCGCGGAAGCAGUUGGUUACGUCUUCACCCCUCCCUGCACUCCUCGACGCAACAUCUUGUUGAUGAAGGGGAGCAGCAGCUACCUACGAGCUGGCCUUGGGCCGCUGGUGAACCAGCACCACCAGCUCGAGGAGCUCCUCCCGCACGAGGUACUCCUACGCUGCAUGUCCUUCCUCUCCGCCUCAGAACUUCUCAGCUGCCAGCGGGUGAAUCAAGUGUGGCGAGAGCUGGCCCAGGACCGCAGCCUGUGGCGCGAGCUGCUGGGGAGCUUCGUGCAGUCCUCGCCCUUUGUCUGCGCGAACCACAACACCACCCUCCAGCCCCACGACGACCAGUGGCAGCUCUCCUACUUCCGCCUCACCCGCCUGGUCGACCUCAAGGGCCGCACCAACCCGCCACCACCCGCAUCAUCGUUCAGCGGCUCGUCGACAAAAACUAGUCAGGCGCCGCAGCAGCGCGGGCCUCACGGGCUCCUCCUGCCCUCGUGUCCCUUCUGCGCGGCCGUGAUGCAGCAGCCGGACGACGAGGCCCUCGCGCUCACCGAAACACAGUCCAGCCGCAAGACCCUGAUAUGCUGCGAGGGGUGCGACCUCUUUGUGUGGAUCAACGGCUGCGAGCAGUGCGGCCAGGCCACCGCCCACCUCACCAAGUGCUUCAUCUGCUCGGCCGAAGUCUGCGCACGAUGCUUCGGCGCGGCGGGAAAGCGUUGUGAGCAGUGCGGCGUCAACGGCUGCCGGAACUGCGUGCGCCCCAAGGCCACAUUUGCCGAAACCAACACGAGACCCGGAGCUGGCCCGAAGAAAAAGAAGAAGAAAAAGAAGAGGAGGAACGGGAACGACGACGACACUCACGCGCCAGCUACACGAGCGCACGCACAACCAGCAACAUCAGCACCGACGGCUACCGCCUCACACGAGCAUCACCCGCAGCACCACCCGCACCACCAGCAGAGGAGCCUCCUGCCGCACAUGUGCACCUUCUGCGGCGUGACGUGCGCCAAUUGCGAGCGCGUGUUUGAGAGCGAGGACACGGACUUCUGCGUCGCGUGCGAGUCGUCCGUGUGCUACUCGUGCGAUUGUCCCUGCGGCGCGCUUGACAUGUUCCAACAGAUGCGCAUAUGA